CCCCGCGGGGUGAUGCUGCAACUGCCGGGCUGGGGGCGCCAGGCCAGGACCGAGCUGCACGCAGGAGAACCAGGAGCCCAGUUCGAGAAAGGGAUGCCUCCUGUCUGGGCGCACAGGAAGAUCUCCACUGCUUAGAACACCCGUAUUUCAUUUUUCCACCUAACUUGAAAGCAAGAACGUGUCAUUGUUCUGUCUCUGUGACCUCAGUGUCUUGGUCCUCAGUCUCGUGGGAGGAUGAAUUGGAGGGUGGACAGUGACAAACACCAGCCCUGCCUACAAUGAUCCCCCCAUCGAGCAGCACCCCUCCGGGAGAGGCCCUCUUCCCCAGUGUGGCUACUCAGGACCUCUGGCAGUCUCCCAUCUCCAGCUACUCAGGGUCCAUGACAAGACACAUCAGCCACCGGGCCAACAACUUCAAACGCCACCCCAAGAGGAGGAAGUACAUCCGGCCCUCUCCACCCCCGCCCCCCAACACCCCAUGUCCCAUCGAGCUGGUGGACUUUGGGGACCUGCACCCACAGAGGUCCUUCCGGGAGCUUCUCUUCAACAGCUGCAUCUUGUUUGGCAUUGAGUUCAGCUACGCCAUGGAGACUGCAUAUGUGACCCCAGUGCUCCUGCAGAUGGGCCUGCCUGACCAGCUGUACAGCCUGGUAUGGUUCAUCAGUCCCAUCCUCGGAUUCUUGCUGCAGCCUCUGUUGGGUGCCUGGAGUGACCGAUGCACCUCAAGGUUUGGAAGGAGACGUCCUUUCAUUCUCGUCCUGGCGAUAGGAGCAUUGCUGGGCCUCUCCCUCUUGCUAAAUGGACGGGACAUGGGCAUGGCCCUGGCAGACACAGCCACCAAUCACAAGUGGGGCAUCCUCCUGACGGUGUGCGGGGUGGUACUGAUGGACUUCAGUGCCGACUCAGCAGAUAACCCCAGCCACGCCUACAUGAUGGACGUGUGCAGCCCCGUGGACCAGGACCGAGGUCUCAACAUCCACGCCCUCCUGGCAGGUCUCGGAGGAGGGUUCGGCUAUGUGGUCGGGGGAAUUCACUGGGACAAAACCAGCUUCGGGAGGGCCCUAGGUGGCCAGCUCCGAGUCAUUUACAUCUUCACCGCGGUCACCCUGAGUGUCACCACUGUGCUCACCCUGAUUAGCAUCCCAGAGAGACCCCUGCGGCCGCUGAGUGAGAAGAGGACAGCAAUGAAGAGCCCCAGCCUCCCGCUGCCCCCCUCCCCACCUGUGCUGUUAGAGGAGGGGGCCAGUGACAUCCUCCCCUCCACUACAGCCACCAGCUUGUAUGCCAGCUUCUCUAGCCCCAUCUCACCACCCAGUCCCCUCACCCCCAAGUAUGGCAGCUUUAUCAGCAGAGACAACUCUCUCACAGGCAUCAACGAGUUCGCAUCAUCCUUUGGCACCUCCAACAUAGACAGUGUGCUCAUUGACUGCUUCACUGGGGGCCAUGACAACUACCUGGCCCUCCCCAGCAGUGUCCCUAGGCAGCCCAUAAGUGUCAGCUUCCCCCGGGCCCCGGAUGGUUUCUAUUGCCAGGAGCGGGGGCUGCUGGAGAGGAGAGAGGGGGCUCUGACUUUGGGCUCUGAUGGAGAUGUGCUGAGGGUGGGCUCCUUGGAUACCUCCAAGCCUCGGGCCUCAGGGAUCCUGAAGAGGCCCCAGACCUUGGCUCUUCCAGAUGUGGCCGGAGGCAGUGGCCCUGAAACCAGCAGGAGAAGGAACGUGACCUUCAGCCAACAGGUGGCAAACAUCCUACUGAACGGUGUGAAAUAUGAGAGUGAGCUGACGGGCUCCAGUGAACAGUCGGAACAGCCCCUGUCCCUGCGGCACCUCUGUUUCACCAUCUACAACAUGCCCAAGGCGCUGCGCAACCUCUGCGUCAACCACUUCCUGGGGUGGCUCUCAUUUGAGGGGUUGCUGCUCUUCUACACCGACUUCAUGGGUGAAGUGGUGUUCCAGGGUGAUCCGAAGGCCCCGCACGCGUCGGAAGCCUAUCAGAGGUACAACAGCGGCGUGACCAUGGGCUGCUGGGGCAUGUGCAUCUACGCCUUCAGUGCUGCCUUCUACUCAGCCAUCCUGGACAAACUGGAGGAGUGUCUGAGCGUCCGUACCCUCUACUUUAUUGCCUACCUUGCCUUUGGCCUGGGCACUGGGUUGGCCACACUCUCCAGGAACCUGUACGUGGUCCUGUCCCUCUGCAUCACCUACGGCAUCCUGUUCUCCACGCUCUGCACCCUGCCCUACUCACUGCUCUGUGAUUACUACCAGAGUAAGAAGUUUGCAGGGUCCAGUGCAGAUGGCACACGGCGCGGCAUGGGAGUGGACAUCUCGCUGCUCAGCUGCCAAUACUUUCUGGCCCAGAUCCUGGUCUCCCUGGUCCUGGGGCCCCUGACCUCAGCCGUGGGCAGUGCCAAUGGUGUGAUGUACUUCUCCAGUCUUGUGUCUUUCCUCGGCUGUCUCUACUCCUCCCUGUGUGUAACCUAUGAAAUCCCUUCAGGUGACACAGUUGAUGAAGAGCACCGGCCCCUUUUGUUGAAUGUUUGAUGUCCCAGAACCUCAACUUUGGACUUGAGGCUGGUCUGCAGCAGGCUGGCCACUGAGAAACCAAAGGCCUUGGUGGACAGGCAGGCUUCCCGGUGAAAUGUAAAUAUGUGGUAAAUAAUAAAUGACAGCAGCAAA